AUGGUAGAGAGAUGGCGAAAGGAGACACACUGCUUCAAUUUUCGUGAAGGCGAGUGCACGAUCACACUUAAGGACAUCGCCAUCCUAACCGAUCUCCCCAUCGAUGGUGAUGUUGUUUGUGUGGACUCUACGCCACCACCUAAAGUUGUUGCCAAUAUGAGUGGUUGGCAACAUUUUAUAUGGACGGUCACCGGGUUGUGUCCGCCAGAAAAGGGAGAUCACGAUGCGGAUGGUCAUCCACCAUUGUCCAAGGGCCAAGUAUCCAUCACGUGGUUGACGGCGGAGAUCAGGCGUAAGCACAACUCUGAGUUCGGAGGCAUUCCCCUCACGGAGGAAAGCGUGUCGUAUUGA